UAACAUCGGUGUGCAAUACUACUACUAUCAUAUGAAGUGAAAUUCAUUCAAUCGUUCAUUCGGUUUAAAAAUGAUUUUUUUAACAUCAAUUCAUUAUUUUAUUUUUUCUUUGUGUAUUAUUUCUCAGUUGCUUCUCGUUUUUUGUGCAUAUCCGUCUUUUUCGUCACGUUUGGAGAAAGAUUUGAAAAUUUUAUCCAGAUUAUUGCCAGGAUAUUAUAGCAACCAUCAGCAAUAUGUUUUAGAUGUUACAAAUGAAGUUCCCUCGGGCAGACGACAUCUGUCAUUACAAACGGUCAUUCGUCCAGUAUACAUACCAUUUUUGGAAGAUUCUUUCAAUGUUUAUAUUGAACAAUACGUGAAUAAUAGACGAAACAAGCCGUUUAAACAAUGGCUUUACAGUUUCCGGGUAGAUAAUCAGGGACGUGCAAUUCGGAUGAGGAACUUACUUUUAAGAGAUUCAGAAAAAUUAAAACGUAUUCACAAAAAUCUUGAAUAUAUCCAAGAAUUAACAGAAAAAGACAUAUAUUCCCGCGAAAACUGUGAUAUGUUAUGGAGAAAAUUGAAGAAAAAAUAUUUCCAUGGUGCUACAGGGAGAGACUGUGUUGCAUACGUAAAUGGCGAGAAGUUACGAAUUGAAACAUCUGCAACUCUUGACACAAGAUCCCUUCAAUGGCAAGAGGGUUGGUUCAAAGUUAGUGAUGGUUCUGUAUCCCUGGCAACAGAAGGCCCAUACAUCAUGAAGAAAGUGCAGAAAAUAAAAAAUACAAAUUACAGACCUCACAAUAUCAAGUCAAGUAACAGCAAAGUACCUCAAUCAUCGAACAAUGUACUUCGGCGUCAAGGUCAUGGUCAUGGACAUUACGGAAAUCAGCUUCCAUUUUCUGAUGGUAUUUCAGCCAAUCAGCAUGCAAAAAUAUGGAAUCUAGAAACCUUUGACGAUAUAACAGACAAGCUGACAUCCGGAAGAUCAGUUUAUGUGGUUGUUGACGCAACAACGUGUUCCAAAUCGGGUUACCCUAUUCCAAACAGGUUUCAUUUUGGCAUGCAUAUAGACAAUUUUGAGAUUUCAUUAGACAAGAGGAAAUUUCAUGGUGACCUGUUAAAAUUCUCUGCUAUGAAAAAAGUUCUACAUGAAAGUGAUAUAAAAGAUAUUCUACGAGAGGUAAAAGUGUACAGAGAUGGAACUGUUGUAGUCGAUUAUUAUAUCAUGGAUAGUUUCAGCAACCACGUUACUCAACAAGCAAUGGCUGUUUGUCGAAUAUACAACUCACAGACGAAAGACGGUCAUGUAAAAUUUACUUCUGAUCCAUUCAAACUCGUUAAAUCAGUAAAAUCUUUCGGCGCACUCCGAGCAGCUCUAAAGAAAGGACGAGACGCCAAGAUGGUGGUAGAUUUGACAAAAUGUUCACACACACUUGACAAAACAACGAUCAUUGGUGGAACAUUAAAAGAUUACGAUUUUUUAAAUUCUGGGAACACAAUAGCAGCAACAAUUGAAAGAAUUCACAGCAAUAUGGAUACAGAAAGUAUUAUAACGUCAAAAAAUGCUUUUGCUUUGUUUUCCAUAAAUAAUCGUAUGACAUUGACAUUGAAAUCACGAAAUAUUUCUAAAAAUAGUUCAGAUUUUUUUCUGGACAAAACUAUACAACAUCGAUGUAUUAUAGGGAGAGACACUAAGAAAAAUGGUUUAGGUCUAUUUUACUCUCAGUGAUUAUUGACCAAUACUUGUUUUUUUCAGUCGUGAUAAAGUACAGGUCAGAAACCGAUAGUCUUUCUACAAAUUUUACCAAUAUAAACCCUUAUGUAACUGAUAAAGGGCACAUUUCUACAACAUCCAAGUUCUCUUGUUUUCUUUAUAAGCAGUAUAAAUAUACUAUUGAAAAUUCAUGAUCUGGUUGUAAAUUACAUAGAACAACAUUGUACGUUUAAUAACUUAUUACCACGAUAGGUUGAACGGGUUUAUGUUCCGUCAGUUAUUGGCAGGUGUUUUACUUCUCCUUAACUGCGAGUGAAAUGGAAAGCUAUGUUAAACAUUAAAACAUUUUGUUAAUCGGACAACAGAUCUUUUUCAUAUAUAUAUAUAUAUAUUCGGCUAACUUCCAUGUAAAUCCAGUGAUCAAUUAUCAAUGGUAGUUUUAUAAAAUAAUUGAAUUGAUAGUGAAUGUCUCAUACAUUCUACGAAGUAUUCAUUUAUUCGGCAGUUUACAGAAAAAAAACAAAUUAUAAAUUUUGUCUUCGAGUCAUUGUGUAAUGCGGAGAUUUUAUUUGUUGAUUGUUAUAUAACCAUGAUUCCUUGUAUAUAAUUGUUAUAUUUAUUAAAUUAUUUAUUUUUA